GCUGCAACACGCAAAAAUUAACGACACUACAGACUGAAUGUUAAACAGUUAAGGGAGACGACCGUUAGUCAACGUCAAGCAAGGGAGAGAACUCACAUUCCAGCCAUGUCCGUCAACAUCCCGUGUCUGGUUGCUGUCAUCAUCCUCUACAUCCUCAUCCUCAUCAUCGGCAUCAUCGCUGCCAGGAAGACAAACAAGGCCAAGGACACGGAGGAAGUGAUGAUAGCCAAUCGUAGCAUGGGACUCUGGUUAUCGUUCUUCACCAUGACAGCAACUAACGUAUGUGGAGGUUACAUCAAUGGAACAGCCGAAUACACAGCGUUUUAUGGGCUGUUACAGACACAAGCCCCGCUUGGAUACAGUAUUGGGCUUUUCUUGAGUGGACUGCUAGUGGCACCGAAAAUGAGACGACAGAAUUACGUCACACUGUUUGACCCGUUUCAGUUGAAAUACGGCAGGAAGAUGGGGGCGCUGUUGAUCAUACCUCACAUGAUGGGGGAUCUGUUUUGGUCGGCCUCAAUCCUCGCUGCCUUAGGGGGGACAGUAUCGAUUAUUGUGGACAUCGAUCCCAAGAUCUCAGUAAUCGUGUCGGCGUUGAUCGCUAUAGUCUACACGUUCCUUGGUGGUCUGUACGCUGUGGCCUACACUGACGUCAUACAGAUGGUGCUGGUCGUCGUAGGUCUGGUGAUCGCCUGCCCCUUCGCCAUGACGAGUGAGUUUGUUCACCUGGAGAAUAUAACGUCUACCUGGCUGGGGGAGGUGGGGGCGGGGACAGAGCUGGCCUAUAUGGAUACGUUUUUGUUGCUGAUCUUUGGUGGGACCACAUGGCAGGCCUUCUACCAGCGUAUCCUGGCCAGCCAGAAUGUCAGGGUGGCCAUGUAUUCCACUAUCGGCGCCGCCGCCAUGAGUUCUGUCAUGGCCGUCCCACCUGCAUUGAUGGGAUAUGCUGGGGCAGCCGCAGACUGGAACCAAACGUCAUACGACGGACCGUUACCAAUACCAGACGAUAGGAAAAGUUACAUCCUGCCCAUGACCUUGAACUAUCUGGUGCCACUUCCUGUUUCAAUUAUCGGAAUGAGCGCCAUCUGCGCGGCCGUGAUGUCAUCGGCAGAUUCCAGUUUCCUGUCUGCAGCGACAGUGUUCACUAGAAAUAUUUACCAGGAAAUCUUCCGGACGAAGGCGACAGAUCGAGAGCUACUGUGGGUACUUCGUGUUUGUGUCGUCAUCUUUGGUGUAUUGGGGACGUUGAUUGCCAUUUUUGCUACAACCAUCUACGGGCUGUUUGUUCUUUGCAGUGACCUAAUGUACGUGGUGCUAUUCCCACAACUGGUGUGUGUCCUGUGGGUGCCUUGGGCCAACACCUAUGGCAGCUUUGCCGGGUUUCUCGUCUCAUUCCUACUGCGGAUCUUGUCUGGUGACGCUGUGCUACAAAUUCCAGCGGCGAUUAAGUUCCCUUUGUAUGACUACAGCACUGACUCGCAGUUAUUUCCCUUUAGAACCUUCUCCAUGCUGUCUGGAACAUUCUGCCUGUUGACCGUGUCCGGUCUGACCCACCUGAUAUUCACCAAAGGUCUACUGGACCUGAAGUAUGACGUCUUCAACUGCCACAAGAAACGAUCACACAAAAGACACGAUAUGAUUGACAUGGAGAAACCUGAAUUGUUUAAACAAGAGCUGCUCAGUUCUGUUCCAACUUGAGGCUCUGUUUAGGUUUAUUUAUAUUCAAUGUUAAGGUUUCGUAAGGGUUUUUAAAAAAGCUGCCUUUAAUACAAUUACUGAAUAAAAGUAU